AUGAAUUAUAUCACCGUCAUCGUAUUUUGCGUGCUUUUGUUGAGACUUGGUCAAGCAAAUCCUGUGAUAAGAACGCCGCAUCAUCAGCUGAACGUUCCGUACCAAAUACCGCAUAAAUUUUCGCCGCAAACCGACUUGCGGUUGGACGAUGUGGGUCAAUUGACGGAAGAGCAAAUACAGAAAGCGAUUCACGAUGUGAGAAUUACGAUCAAUGAAGUGCAAAAGAGGUUGGCAGCGGAUCCGAAUAUGCCGCGAUUGACAAAGGGCGAAAUUGAAGAACUUUUCGAAAACGUCACGCGAGAAGAAUUAGUCCGGAGCAUCCACAUGGGUGAUCAACGUCGCGAAAAACACAUGCGUGCCUUAAUGCUCGUCCUUCCUUACCACACGAAAGAAAUGACUCCCGAGAAAAUUCAGGAACUUUACACGAAACAACCUCAAACGCAGCUUCGAAACCUUCAAACGAGCAUUGAAUCCUCAAAUAUUCCCGCUUUUCGUCCUUUGGUAACAAAAUCCACAACAACGACGACGACAACUACCGAAACUCCCGUCACUGCUGUACCUUCAAUGCAACGAUAUCCGCCUUUACCGCUCGAGCCUUUCGGUUUACGAGACCAAAUUAUCCCGUUGAAAGGUCAACCAGGUCCAUUCACGCCUCCCACAAACCCUCCUUUGAUCCAAAAACAACAAAAAUUCCGCAAAAAAGUCCCUUCCCAACUUUUGACGAUCGCACAACGAGGCAAAGUCGAUGUCGCCAGCAUCAGUAUCACACAAGCGCCGCUUUUUACAACAACCACGAAGAAACCGACGCGAAAUCCGCAAUCCGUGUUCGAUAUUUUGCAAGCAAUCGGUUUGCAUCAGGAAAAAGUGAAGGAAAGUUACAUGGCGACUUCGACAACGACAAGUACGACAACUACAACGCCCGCUCCUCCAUCAACAACUACCGAAAUGAGCGAAGAAAUGAAAAAAUUGCUCAUGGAUUUCGGUUUGUACAAGCAAGAAAAGCCCGUGGAAGUUCAUCCUGUGUACCAACCUGACGUUCCGUACGUGCCUGAUGUCCAAUACGAGCCAAAAUAUUCGUUCAGCGUACAAAAUCCGGGAUUUAGCGUCGGUUCAGACGACUUCAGACCCUUGCCGAUGAUGGAAAAUCCGUAUCAAGGACCAGUUUUUAACGGAUUUUCGAGUUUUGACACCGAAUUAGGGGGAAGUGAGAAGGUUUCUGUCACCGUAAAAGCUCCCGAAAGCAUUUCUGAAGCAACAACGGGCACUUCUUCGACAAGUACGAGUACGACAACUUCAACGACGACGACAACUACAACCACUACAACUCCAAAACCGUCAAUUACGAAGCCAAAAUUGAACAAACCGACGGAUUUUGUGAAUUUCCGUCCCAUAAAAGUCGAUAAUGCGCAAGCUAUUAGCGAAGAUUUCCAAAGUAUCUUGCGACAAUUUGGAUUAUUAGGCGGCGAAUCGACUCCAACGAAGACUCGGGCACCGAAAAAGCAAAAAACUUCAUCAACAACGACUUCUACGACGACACCAAGUACGACUACAACUACGACGACGACGACGGAAAUGCCUUUUAAAUACCUCCCGGAGGUCAUUAGCAUCCCCCUGCCCUCCGACAUGAUGGCGGUUUUGCAAAAUCUGGGCGUUUCCACGGAAUCUCCGAUCGCGAUUAAAGUCCAGAUGCCUUCCAGCUCGAAACCGACACGAUCUCGUGCGAAAUUGUCUGUCGUUACGCCCGAAAAAGUCGAAAGUGUCACGCCAGAAGUCACCGAAUCGAAUGCUGAAGUACUAAAAACGACCUCGUCUCAAGCGGCGGCAUUCUCAAGACGUUCCGAGACCAAAACAACUCCCGUUAGCUCAACCACGGAACGUCAUUCGUCGAUGAAACCGAUAGUUGUUGCUGAAAUUCCGAUGGAAAAACCCGUAAAAAUCGAGUCUCAUUCACGAACGAACAUUUUUAAGCCAACAAUUGCUGCCAAACAUACCACUGCCGAUGACUACAAGAAGCUCGAACAUCUUUUGGAGACCAUUAAAGAGCUCGAUAAGCUCAAUACGACUCUGACGUCGAAACAUUUGGACCAACUUGACUUGAAUAACUUCAAUUUUAGCGAUAGUUUGGUGCACCAAGGCCCGGAUCCCGUGAAUUUCUAUCCGCAAAACUCGCAUCCGCUGAAAAAUGAGAUCAAAAGACAAGAAUCGACGGAUAAUCCGACAAAAAUUUCACUGGAUUUGAACGAAAGUGACAGUCCGAAGAUCACAGUAGUGAAUGCCGUGAAAAUGAGUGACGAACUUUCAUCCGAAGAUCCGACGACGUUCGCUCCGUUGAACCAAAUCAAUGAAAAUCCGACGGAAAAAGAGGAAGAAAAUGAAAAAAUCACAACAACAACAACUGAGGAUGGAAGAAGUGCUUCGGCGGAUGAGCUCAAGGACUCUUUCCCCAACGACACAGAUCCUGACGAGCCCUUGGAUGAAACCCUUCCCCUGCCACGGAGAAACGGAUUUUAUUUCCUCGCCGAUUGGAAUUCUUUUCUCGAAGUCGGACAAGAUGAGGAAAAAGUUGUCGUGAGAUUCGACCCCAAAAUUGGCGAUCCAAGUAGAUUUAUUCCGGUUCACAUUCCAAGCAAGACGAGAUAA